AUGCGAUACGAAGAUUGGGACGUGCUCCUAUUCCCCAAGGAUGAACAAGUUCCUAUGAAGGAGUUCAAAACGCAGUGCCAUGUAGUUCACGACAAUGAGUUCACCUUCACUCUUGGGUCACACGGCCUUCCAACCAUGACCUGUUUCAUGCCAGCACUCCCAACCGGCAACCCCUUUUUCAUCUCUUUACACUGCUGGUCCAUGCCAAAGAUCAGCCAAUACACCAAAAGCAAUUUCAGCAAACAUGAAAACCUCGUGAAACUCGAAGCACGCGUCUUCGUUGAUGGAAGACAAGUUGCCUCGGCUAUUAUUGAUCGAGGAGAAGGAAACUGGCCACUGCAUAUCAGUCACGGUUUCGAGUUCACCAAGAAUGGUGACUUAGAACACCUGAAGUUCCCUCCUUUCCGCAGCGAGCUGCUUCGACAAAGCUACUGGAGCCCUGCCGAUGACCUGGGUCGCAUCAAGAUUGUUAUCAAUAUCCUCGAAGCUUCGGGUAUUGCUUGGCCGAACCCUGCCAUGUGGCGCCGUGGUCCAUUCAAUCCGACAAUGCAGGUGCCAAUCGAGCAUCCCACCGACGGAUCCGAUUCCCAUGUCCACUCACCUCGUCGUCGAUCAGCACCCUCCCCUGAGUACCAAACAAAGAAUGCGAGUGCGAGCUUCCUUGGAUCAAUGCCCAAUACCCAAGCAUUUCUGCAGAGUACGACACAUGUCGACCCUUUCGAUUCACAGCAUCAAUCAAACGAUUCGUCUGACUUUGAUUGGACCACUGGCCUGGUUUCUACGGAUUUUGCAACAACUCUGACGAACUCCUUGCUGAACCAGCCGGCCCCUGCUCUCCGUAAAACGAAUUCAUUGCAAUCACCGGCAAGCGCACGAACCUUUUCUGGGGUUUUCUCGUCUCGCUCGGCUUCGGGAACUGCUGAUUUCGGCCAAGAUCUUGCCAAUGUCAACCCUGUUACCACUUUUAUGAAUGCAGACAGUAACGGAGACAAGGUUCCAAAGCGUAGCCGCAAUGCUACUCCUGCUAGUCACCGCGCACUUGACGAAGAUGAAGAGCCCAAGCGAUCAACACCACAUGUCCGAAUUGGAUUCGGAGACGACAUGGCCAAUUAA